UAGCUGGUCCCUCCUUCACACUGGAUGCAGUCCCAGCAGGUUAUCAUUUACGGAGGAGAGAUAACGUUAGAGAGCUCGGAUGAUGCUUCAAAUUACACCUUUUCCAUGCUUUUCGUUCGUAGAAAAGCAGUGACAGAGACAUUUUAGAUGAAUGUGACAGAAGAACAGUUGAUCCAACCAGAUUCUUGAGACAAAAACACAUGGCAAGAAGAACAAGGAUGUUUUUGACAUUUCCUGGUAUAGUGGUUGUCUGUCUGCAUCUUCUGGGUGGCUCAAUGGAGACAGCCAAUGAAGUAGACCCAUACAAGAUUCUUGGAGUGACCAAAAGUGCAAGUCAAGCUGAAAUCAAGAAAGUGUACAAGCGCCUAGUUAGGGAAUGGCAUCCGGACAAAAACAAAAAUGAAGGCGCUGAAGAUAUGUUCAUCAAGAUUACCAAAUCUUAUGAGAUAUUAUCCAAUGAGGAGAAGAGAACCAACUAUGACCGGUAUGGCCAGACUGAUGACACCCAGCCGUAUGGUCAUGGUCACUAUGGUCACCGCCACGACCACUUCUACUUCGACGAGUCCUUCUUCCACUUCCCAUUCAACAAUAAGGGCAACCGGGAGUUUGCCGACAGCAAGUACGCUCUGCACUUCAACCAGUAUGUGAAUGACGUGGUGCCUGACAGCUAUAAGAGACCGUACCUGAUCAAAAUCACAUCCGACUGGUGUUUCAGCUGUAUCCACAUUGAACCGGUCUGGAAAGAGGUUGUGUUGGAGCUGGAAGCCUUGGGUGUGGGGAUUGGUGUGGUGGACGUUGGUUAUGAGAGACGUCUGGCCAAUCACCUCGGUGCUCACCGCACCCCAUCCAUACUGGGGGUCAUCAACGGGAAAGUGACCUUCUUCCACUACGCUGUGGUGAAGGAGCACCUGAGGCAGUUUGUGGAGGACCUGCUCCCUCAGAGACUGGUUGAGAAGGUUACAGACAGGAACGACUUUCAAUUCCUGAACAGCUGGCAUGAGCAGAACAAGCCACACGUGCUUCUGUUUGACCAAGUGCCUGUAGUUCCACUCUUGUACAAGCUGACUGCUUUCGCCUAUAAGGAUUAUGUUCAGUUUGGAUACGUGGACCAGGGCCUGUCAGAGACCGCGAACCUACUGAAGCAGUUCAACAUCAACACCUACGCCCCCACCAUGCUGGUCUUUAAGGAGAGUACAGACAAGCCUGCAGACAUUAUACAGGCUAAAGGGAUGAAGAAACAAAUCAUUGAUGAAUUUAUAACGAACAACAAGUUUCUCCUCGUCCCUCGACUGGUGAACCAGAAACUGUUUGAUGAACUUUGCCCUGUGAAGCAGUUCCACCGACGCAGGAAGUACUGUGUUCUACUGAUCACUGGUGAUGAGGAGUCCUAUACCAUAGGAAACCAGGCCUUCCUCACAUUUGCCUCUACCAACACUCUGGAGGUGGUGAGGUUUGCCUACGUCUACCAAAGACUGCAACAAUCACUGUGUGAUAUUCUGCUGAAGACUAAGGACAGCACACCUCCACCACCACAGGUGUUCAUCUUGGAGCGUCGUAACCCAGCAGGGAAGGUCCUGUACAAGGAGGUGGCGGGCGGUUGGAAUGGUACUGAUGAGGAUAAACAACGUCUGUUGGAUGAGCUGGAGAGGCUGCAGAAAGACCCCUCCAUCCUCAACUACGACGCCAUGCUGCCGGAGCUCAACAAUGAGUUUGCCUCUAUGUUUCUUAUUCGAUGGAUCUACACAGCAUAUGAUUACAUUUCUGAAAUCCUUGAUGAUAUUCUUCAUAAUAAUUGGCGUGAGAUGAUGCCCCUCCUGUCGUUGAUAUUCUCUGCCUUAUUCAUCCUGUUUGGCACUGUGGUGGUUCAGGCCUUCAGUGACUCCAGUGAAGAUGGUAAAUCCAAACCGAAGGCAAAAGAAGGAACUAAGGCAGAAAAUGGGUCACCGGGUAGCAGCAGCACCUCAAGUCGCCCACCUAAGAAGAACUUUGUGGAGGUGACGGAGCUGACAGACAUCACAUACACCAGUAACCUGGUGAAGCUGAGACCAGGCCAUAUGAACGUGGUACUGGUGCUCACUGAUGCCACCAAGAAUGUCUUACUCAGCAAGUUCGCCAAAGAAGUCUACUCUUUCACCGGGAGCCUGACUCUUCACUUUUCCUUCCUGAACAUGGACAAGCACAGUGCAUGGAUGGAAACACUGUUGGAGUUUGCCCAGGACGCCAUGCAGAUAGACACCGAAGAGGAUGACUGUGCCCGCCACAAGAUAGACUACACAGGCUAUGUGCUGGCACUCAACGGCCAUAAGAAGUACCUCUGCCUCUUCAAGCCUGUCUACACCGGGGAGGAAGGCGGGUCCUCCGAGGAGGAAGGGCCUGGGGGCGCCACUGGGGGAGGGAAGAGGUCUAGGUCCGGGUCCAGGGACGACCACCCACCACGCAGGUCUACGCCCAGGUCCCGCUCCACCGCCACACUGCAGAUCCACCACAAACUGGACCGCCUGGGGCUGUGGAUGGAGAGGCUUAUGGAGGGAACUCUGCCCCGGUACUACAUUCCUGGCUGGCCGGGCCUGGACAAGAUCACAGGCCCCAAAUAGAAAUCGUGUCAAUUACUUAUACUGUACGUUGUGAAAAAAUAUCCCCAAAAAGAUAUGCUUGGAAGUUUGAGAUGCAUUGCAUGCACACAUCCCAAGUCAGGAUACAGGCCUAAAUGGACGCGCUCCAAAGCUAUCUGUGUUUAAAAGCCAAGACGACGCCGAGGUAUCCUCAUGGCUGUGUUCAGAGGCUACUGUAUGUUUUGAGUGAUUGCACUAGGACAUGGUUUGAAGAAAUUACAUUCAAUAGUGAGGUUGGCUUGGCUCAUUGCGACAACUGUACCACAUUUAUCUGCCGUCAUGUUCUGCUGCCUUUUUUUGCACUUGAAAUAUUUAUUUGUUACGGAAGUACUUAGAAAAGUAGCUUCAGUAAAAGAGGGAGGGUGCAGAAUAUGGUGGAUCUCAAAGCAACAACCGUUGAACAGUUCCUAGAUUGCUUUCCCUUUCGGAUCCCUUCCUCUGCAUGCUGUCAUUAGUUAGCUACUUAGUUCUAAUAUCGACUGCUGUUACAACCUCUAGCUGCGCUAACUGAAUCACUGUGGUCAUAAGUAGACUCCUGCCUUUUUAGAACCGUCAUCCAUCAUUAUUCAAAUAUCUAAUCUAUCAGAUUGUGCUUUGAUAUUAGCUUCACUGUCCCAAUGGUGAUUGGUCAGUACUGUGAAUAGUGAUGCAUGGCUCUACUAGAUCUAUUUUCUUCACCAUUUUGACCUCACUCCAAAAAAAUAUAUUUUAUUCUUGUGCAAUAUAUACUGUAACUACAAUGCCUUCCAUUUAUCCUGGGCUGCUAAUAUUUCAUGUUCAUUCUUAUUCAUGUAGAAAUAGGCUAUUUAAAAAAAAGUCUUAACGUUAUACUUUAGCUUUUUGUUACAUGACCAAGUUUUUUGCAUUAGUCUAUUUCCCUUUAUUUUUUACGUGGAAGACAAGAGAAACCCGCACACUGCUCUUGCUAGUGUCACUGUUCUUUAUUAGGCUUUACAUAUCGUCCUCUUGGCCUUCGUCAGAGCUUUUUUAGUUUUACAACAGAACUUGGCCAGUGGCUUCAUAUAGCAAUGAAAUAGUGUACAGUGGCUUGUGAAAAUAUUCACCCCCCUUGGCAUUUUUCCUAUCUUCUUGCCUUACAACCUGGAUUUAAAAUAGGUUUUUUGAGGGGUGCUUUGUGUCAUUUGAUUUACAUGCCUACCACUUUGAAGAUGCAAAAUGUUUUUUGUGAAACAAACAAGACAAAAAAAUGGAAAACUUGAGCAUGCAUAACUAUUCACCCCCCUCCCCCCUCCAAAGUCAA